AUGGCUUCGACGCGAUCUUGGUUUAGCAUUCCCAAAGGGUCACACUUCUCGUUGGCGAAUAUUCCCUUCGGCAUCAUUUCGACUGCAUCCUCAACAUCACCACGAGUGGCAGUUGCCAUUGGAGAUCACGCACUAGAUCUCGAAGCAUUCGCUGCCAGCAAUGGCUUCUCGGCGCUAUCGACCAUACAACCUCAUCAAGCAGUCUUCUCAACCCCCAAUCUGAACGCGUUUGCGGCACUGGGUCGGCCGAUACAUUCUGUUGUGAGAAAGUACAUUCAAAGUGUCUUCACAGCAGACACACCGUAUCCGGAUGUUUUGAAGAACAACGUGACGCUCCAGAAGCAAGCCCUCAUUCCCCUCAAGGACACCAAGGCGCAUUUGCCGUUCAGAAUAGGUGACUAUACCGACUUCUUUGCCGGCAGAAACCAUGCAUACAAUUGCGGUGUCAUUUUCAGAGGACCGACAAAUGCUUUACAACCAAAUUACAACCACCUUCCUGUUGGCUACCAUGGUCGAGCAUCAUCAGUAGUACCGUCCGGUACUCCAAUCCGCAGGCCCAAUGGACAGAUUCUGCUUGAUCCUACAGCGGAGAAGAAAAUACCCACAUUCUCACCGUGCAAGAAACUGGACAUCGAGCUGGAGCUUGGCGCCUUUGUCUGUGGCUCAAACCCGCAAGGAGAACCUAUUCCAAUCGACAAAGCUGAAGAUAGCUUAUUCGGUGUGGUCUUGAUGAACGACUGGUCUGCCAGAGAUAUCCAAGCAUGGGAGUAUGUGCCCCUUGGGCCUUUCAACGCAAAGAAUUUCGGCACGACAAUAAGCACGUGGGUCGUGCUAGCAGACGCGCUUGAGCCGUUCAAGACCAAGGGCCUUGAGAAUGAGGCUGAGGUCCUGCCGUACUUAAAGGAGAAAGCAGAGAAGACGGUGUAUGACAUAAAUCUGGAGAUUGACGUUAAGAGUAAGUCAUCCUCCGGCAACAAUACGACCAUAUCCAAGGUCAAUGCACGAAAUCUGAUGUGGUCAUUCCCGCAGAUGCUGGCGCAUCACACUAUCAACGGCUGUCCCUUCCAGCCAGGUGACCUACUUGGGUCUGGUACCAUUAGUGGAGAGACGGCUGCUGAGUACGGUAGCUUUCUGGAGCAGAGCCAGAAUGGAAAGGAGACCAUCGCUUUGAACGGUGGAGAGAAGCGGACAUUCCUUGAGGACGGCGACGAGAUCACAAUAAGAGGUAUUUGUGGUGCAGACGAAGAGGCACUUGUUGGUUUUGGAGAGUGUGUGGGACGGAUCGAGCCAGCAUUGAAGCUGAGCUUCAAUUAA